CAUGGCACUUGGAAGGUUCUUACUGGUGCUUUAUAUCUGUUCCACUUGGGAUCAAUACGUCACUUGUUUGACAUGUGCACAUGGGUACAUACUGCAUGACAAUGGGACAUGUGUUGAUGAGGAUGAAUGCCUUGCCAAUCUGUGUGGCCCCUAUGCAGUCUGCAAAAACACACAAGGAGGGUUUCGCUGUAAUUGCAAUGAAGGAUUUGACUUGAUAUCCAAUCAGAUGCUCAAUAAUAAGACAGUAACCUUCUGUGUAGAUGCAAACGAAUGUGUCUCUAACCCAUGUGGGCCCAAUGCCGUCUGCCACAACACUCAGGGCAGUUUUUACUGCACUUGUAGUAAAGGAUUUUAUUCACAUUCCGGAGAUUAUAAAUUUGCUGGCUUCACUGAGUCCUACUGUAGAGAUAAGGAUGAGUGCCAGUCUGAUCCAUGUGGCGCCAACGGGGUCUGUCACAACACCAAUGGGAGCUUUUACUGCAGUUGUGAUAAAGGAUUUUACUCAGAAUCUGGAGAUCACAGAUUCACUGAUCCUACUGAGUCUACCUGUAAAGAUUACGAUGAGUGUUAUACCAGCCCAACAAUUUGUGGCAAAAAUGCCAGCUGCUACAAUACCAAGGGAAGCUUCUACUGUGUGUGUGAGAAAGGGUUUGUUCAACCAUCUGGUGAGACGAAUUUUACUGGCUAUGGGAGUCGAUGUGAGGAUGUUGACGAAUGCCUUUUGAACCCCUGUGGCUCCAAUGCAACCUGUAACAACACGAUGGGAAGUUAUACCUGCGUCUGUAACUCUGGCUUCAUUUCAUCAUCUGGGGGCAGCAGACUGCAGCGCGGAGAUGUCUGCCUCAAAUUUGACUGCCCAAGUGCUGUCAUUAACAAGUGUCCACCUGUAACUGUGGAGAUGGGGUCAGUGCAGGUCGGUGGCUCUGGCGCUGACACUGGGCAGGGGACAGUUGAUCCAUUUUGCUCCAUCAUGGACUUUCUCCAUCUCCACGACGUGUGUAAAAUGUUGCGCACCAAAGAGAACUUUGACCCUGAGCAGCACCUCCAGAGUAUCUCAACGUUUACAAAUCAGCUGCUGGGAAACCAUUCACUGCUGAAGAACAUGGAGCCUCAGGCACUUCAAGAAGCACUGGCAUUGUCUCUGCAGAUGGUGGAGAACUCGGUGAUGGCCGUGGUGUUCACGCUGAUGGAUCAGCAAAAGAAGAACAUGUCCUUCGGCAACAUAGAAGUUGAAAUGGAAGUUCUGCGGGAUCGCAACAUUUCGGCUGCAGAAACUGCAACGCUGUCAGCAAAGGGGAACCAGCUGGAUGUUCACUGGCGGGCAGUCACUGACAGAGGAGACCCUGGGUUUGUUGGCGUGGCUCUGAUCGCCUUCUCCCAGAUGGACUCUGUGCUGAAUGCCUCCUUGGAUCAAGAGGAGAAGCUGCAGCUAAACUCGCACGUUCUCACCGCAGCAUCGACCCGUAAAAGCAACGAGGCCCUGGAUCAGCCAGUCAACCUCACCUUCCACAAUGAGAAGGCAAAGAACCCCCGGGUCCAGGUGGUGUGUGUCGCUUUAAACCACACGGUGGGCAGAAGCCACUGGUCACGUCAGGGCUGCAGGCUGAUGAAGGCUAACAUUACGCACACUGUGUGCCAGUGUAAACGCCUAACCAGCUUUGCUGUGCUAAUGGCACUAUACGAAACCCAGGAUCCCUGGCAUCUACUGAACCUCAGCCUAAUUUCAUACAUUGGAAUCAGCAUCUCACUGGUGUGUCUCUUUGUUUCGUUUGUCACCUUUUUGGUGUGUCGGGCGAUUCAAGGCACCAGGACCACCAUCCAUGCCCACUUGUGCCUCUGCUUGUUCCUUGCAGAGCUCUUGUUCCUCAUUGGCAUUUCUCAGACCAGUAACAAGGUUGUUUGUGCCGUCAUUGCUGGGUUCCUGCAUUACUUCUUCCUGACCGUGUUUGCCUGGAUGUGUCUAGAGGGCAUCCAACUCUACCUCAUGGUGGUGAAAGUUUUUAACGCUGGGUGCCUGGGGAAGCGCCACAUGUUCCCAGUUGGCUAUGGCCUUCCACUUCUUGUUGUUGGGAUCUCAGCCGCUGUGUUCAGGAAGGGCUACGGGACACCUGAACAUUGCUGGCUCUCUCUGGAAAACCACUUCCUAUGGAGUUUCCUGGGGCCGGUGUGUGCCAUUAUACUGAUCAACAUCGUGUUUUAUUGUAUAACUCUGAGCAAGCUGGCAAAGAGGAUGUCAACUCUGAAGAAAGAUAAGCCUGCACUGAAGAAGAUCAGAUCGUUCACCUUGGCAGCAAUUGCUCAACUUUUCCUCCUGGGCUGUACGUGGAUAUUUGGGAUUUUCCAUUUUCGGAAAGAAACCAUCGCCAUGGCUUAUAUAUUCACCGUCAUUAACAGCUUUCAGGGAAUGUUCAUCUUUAUCCUGCAUUGUCUCCUGAACAAACAGGUGAGGGAGGAAUAUUGGAAAUGUUUCACCGGAACCUUCAGCUUAAAGGGCCCAGGAUACUCAGAGUUCGCUGCCAGUUCCUCGGUGCCAAUGACCAGUCUACAACAGAGGCACAUCUCCUCCAAGCAGCCAAACAACAGCCUUGCCACAGAACACUGAGCACCUUCCGACAGAUCAGGAUAUGGGCUGCUGCACUUUAUUGUGAUCGUUGUGCCUGGAUCACAGCAUAAAUCGUCAUGGACAUUGUGAGGAACCUUGGCUGGAAACUUCCAGAGACUGUUUCUUGAUUGUUCCUAGUGACCAGGAACAGUGCAUACACUGGACGGUGGGCUCGCAAGAAGAACUGCAGGAUGGAUUGAGGUAGAUUGAAAUGAUAAGAAGAUGAUGCACACACAAGGCGUCGGUCAAACCCAGAGGCCCGUACCAGUGCCUUAAAGCACCUUCCUCAAGGACUUUCUGCUGCUGUUCUCCAGGUCACCGAACAGUCAGAUGUUGUACAGUAAUGGUUCAAGAGCCAACAAAAGGUUAAUGGCUUUUCCAAGAAGUCAGCAACACCUAAUUGCUUCUACCCAGCGAGUUCAGUGCUGUUGGCUGUGUUACCGAUGUUCUCCUGACCUUUUGUGUUUAGUUUCUGGCGCUGCUUAUCCCAGCUUUGCAUCCACAGCGGAACCGGUAAAAGUGAAGCACUCCUGUCAUUGUGGGGAUCAGCCAAUUACCUUGCAGUAUUGACAGUACAUGGAGAUCAGCCAAUGGGAUCUGCUCUUGACCAGUAUCCAGUGCUGGAAGGUCAAGGGCCAGAUCUGGCCCAGUCCUUGGGUGGCAGUCUCUCCCACAGAUGGGCCGAAAGGGGUGCCCGAGUUUCACCGUUCACACCCCAGACCCCGUCACUGGAAGCUAUCUGCUCCUUCUGGAAGUGGGAGGGACACAUCCAGCUGUGGAACCAACACAGCCGGUCAAUGAUCCCAGUGUAACACCAACACUGUUCAAAACACACAUCUGUUUUAUAAAUAAAAGUCA